AUGCAGACCGGAUCCCACGACAUCUCUGGCCUCAGCCAUAAGCCGUCGCUGCCGCUGGGCUCCCUGCUGUUCCGCCGGCUCGAUGGGCUGCUCAUUGUGGGAGAGCUGGUGUGUGGGGCCCUCGUGUGGUUCCUGGAGGCGGGCACCAACCUGCCGAUUGCCACAUACCAGGGCUGGGUGAUGUUCGUGGCCGUGACAUUCUUCAUUCUCACCUUCAUCCAGUUCGUCAUUUACCUCUCCCACGUGCCCGAGCGCAACAUCGACGCCUGGAAGAUGGCCGAUAUCCUGUACAACUCGGUGGCGUUUGGCAUGUACCUCAGCGCGUCCGUCUUGUUGGCAAACUUGCUGGCCACCUACUCAUUAUCAGGGAACUCUUUCUACGGUCUCAACGUGGCUGCUGUGAUCUUUGCCUUCUUAACGACGUUGUUCUAUGGAAUGAGCGUUGUCUUCGGCAUCCGGAGAGGAAAGUUUGAAUGA